AGUAAUGGAAGCAACAGUCGAGUUCAAAACUGUGGGACGAAUCAAGAUCUCGCGAGCAAAUCUCUUUGGGUAAAGAAUCGUCUUAAUUAUAGAAUUAAGAAACAGAGGAAACCUAAAGAACAAAAUAGUACAUCACAGCCCGUACCAAGGAUUCUAUCACAGCCCGCCCGUACCAAGGAUUCUAUCACAGCCCGCCC